AUGGCGCCCCCAGAUAGUCGUGAGCGGCGAAAUGCCUGCUACGGCGUUAAUCUAGAGCGAUUUGAGGACCCGCAGCAUCAAUUUGGACUUAGAGAGGGUUUACCUCGUUCGAGUUCUUAUUCGUCAAGCUCUUGGGAAGACGAUAGUGUCCCUGACACUGAAAAUUUUGAAGGGGGCGAACCUGAACGUGGGAUUGAAGCUUCAAACGACCCUCAGCAAUCUUCUGCUCCUGAUUUUUCUGACGAGCAGAUUGAUUCCGUUUUAGGUCUUUGGGAACGAAGAAGCAAAAGUCGAGCAGAAAAGGACGUCUCGUCCGCUGUUGAAGCUUUUCCAGCACUUGAUCCGGAACCCGAUCGUCCAGGACUUUACGGAGGAAACUUAUCCCACGACACUUGCCCUUCUUUUGGCACGGUUCCCACUUCGUCUUUUUCGUCCGGUGCCCCUAAGACUCCAGAGUGGCCACCAUCACCCUCAGAUACUUUCCAUGUAUUUGACUAUUCUGCUAGGUCUCCAGUUUCGCGUACCAACUUUCCAGAUUCGUCAGUUUCAUUCCCGCCUCGGGCUCGGGCACCAUCGCACCAAACCGUUUACGGCUGCCCACAACUUACAAGCCAGUCUUUUGAAGACCAGCAUAACCCGUCACCAAACUGCCCCCUCGUCUCCCCUCCACCUUUCAGCCCGGCCUACGAAAAGUUUCCCACGACCCCCAAUUAUCCUGACGGAUCUGCUCGUGUCCAAACUGUCGAAACUGUUGAUACUGCCGGCAGCAGUGAUUCCAUCGAACAGUUCUCUAUCCCAUAUUCAAAGUUACCCCUUCAGUCGAUCUCAAUCAAGAAAAAGCCUAGCAGAACCCUACGUCUCGCUGCGUCCCUGAAAAGAAUUCUCACCCCAAGGCACAAAACCGCCAGCAACGACAAACCUACUUCCCGUCCUCUACCAAACCAAGCGAGUGAAUUUUCUGCCGCCGAAGCAGAGUGGUUUGACAAGAUCAUCCAGCAACUGCAGCAGGAGACUGCGGAGCAUGAUAGGUACUGUGCAGCCAUGGAUUCACGGCAUCUUGAUCCGUCAUCAGCCAUGGUGGCUCUUACCAAACAAAAGGCAGAGGCUAUGCGCCUAGCACGAGAACAAGGAGCUGCUGUGAUGGAAAUGUGUCGAAGAGCAAAAACAGAAAUGCCUCCGUAUCAAUUUGAGGAACUUAUCGGAAAGGGGGCUUAUGGAAGAGUGUAUAAAGGUCGCCAACUUCCAUCGCAGAAAUCCGUAGCCAUCAAGGUGCUAGAGAUAGAUUCUCUGGAUUAUAAAACCGUGCAAGAUUUCAGGGACGAGUCUAUCAAAGACUUUAUCCGCGAAACGAAGAUCAUGCAACAGGCCAAGGAUGCUGGCGCCAAAAAUGUCAACAUGAUUAUUGAGGCUUUCUCAAUCCAUUCCCAACUUUGGCUCAUCUGUGAGCAUUGUCCAGGUGGAAGUGUUAAGACCUUGAUGCGAGCGACCGGAGAUAGACUUGAAGAACGAUUCAUAAUCCCGAUUGCAAGGGAGCUUGCGGAAGGUCUCAGGGCCAUCCAUGAUGCUGGCAUUAUUCACCGUGAUGUGAAAGCUGCCAAUGUCUUGAUUCACGAGGAAGGCCGUUUACAAAUCUGCGACUUCGGAGUCGCUGGCGUCAUCCAGAGCAAGGUAGACAAGCGUUCAACCUGGAUUGGAACUCCACACUGGAUGCCGCCUGAGAUGUUUCCAAACAGGCCUGGAAACGGGACACAUAAAUACGGAAGCGAGAUUGAUGUUUGGGCUUACGGCUGCACUCUAUUUGAGUGUGCUACGGGCAAUCCACCAAAUGCAACCCUAAGAGAACGGAUGCAAAUUGGACGCCAACUGAACAGGUUUCCUCCGAAGCUAGAUGGAGAUAGGUUUUCAGAUGAUCUGCGCUCAUUAGUGGCAUUUUCACUUGACCCUGAUCCAAAAAUCCGCCCGACCAUGCAAAAUAUCCUUCAACACCCUUACAUUGCGGAUUCCACAGAAUCCCACCCAACCGCCUCGCUAAGUGAACUGGUGAAGAUAUAUUAUCAAUGGGUUCAACGUGGCGGUCAAAGGGUAUCAUUAUUUAAUCCCGGAGGCGCUGCCGCCGCUGAGUUUCCGGAGACACAAGACCCUUUAGAUCGCGAGGACUGGAACUUCAGCACCACCGAUGGCUUCGAGCGAAGAUUCUCACUGAUAGACCUGGAUCAACUUUCUGCAUCUCUUGCAGAUCUCGAGAAUGACAAGAUACCAACCUUGCCUGAGCAGUCCGGGGAUUAUUUUGACGAUAGCAAGGGGCCCGAUUUAAGUGCAGAAGACAAAGCCAACUUCGACGAGCGGGUCAAAAGAGGCGCUGCAGCCAUGGAGGGGCUUUUUAACGAAGAAAAACCAGGUUACAAAUAUGAAACUAAAAAUGACUUUGUCCCCGUUCAGCAAGAACAGCGGUUUUCCUCCGAUCUCCCUCUCCGAACAGAUACUGACCGAUCAUCGGUUACAUCUACGUUCAUCGACAUCAAUCUCGGUGUAUUUGACUCUGCGCAUUACGCAGCUGGCUCCGCCUCCAACCAUCCUCCAUUCCAACUUGCCGAUGCAGAUACAAUCCGAGCAAACCGGUCUAGCAGCAGACUCAUGCGGACUUCAACCACAAGCAGUGACUCGGGCGAAUUCCAACCACAACACGGGCCGCGGCCACCUACGAUGGAAUGGACGUUCCCCGCUACAAUGCAAACUGGGACGGAUAACGCCAGCCACGACGAACCCGGGCCGGACGUUGAGCAACCAUAUGAAGACAGACGAGAUACCCGUGAAUGGAUAUUCCCUGUCAUGACCGCAGAGGAGGAACCCCGACACGAAGAACCCGACACAUGGGCGGAUGGGAGCGCGUCAUCCCGCCGUAUCGAACCCGACGAUGAAAUGACAAAGAGGUUACACCCCCUGCAGCUCCCAGAAUUCACACAGCAGCCUUCCGGUGACGGUUACUUAGACUCACGACCCUCAACCGCAACGUCCACACAAUCAACGAUGUCCGACGCGGAUAACGACCCCUUCCGAUUCGACAGACCCGUCACGCCUCCAGGCGAGGACGCGAUUGAUUAUGAUGACGAGCUCCGCAACUCCUUUUAUACCACGUCUUCCUUGGAUAGAUUCCCGGCCAUCACGGACUCAGUCGUCUACACGGACUUCGACGAAGGCACGCACCGCUCAAUAUACAGCUACACUGAAAUGCCUGGUCCGUACCAGGAGACCAGCAUGGUUGCGGGGCCUGGGAGCCGGCAUGGGAGGGCGGAAGGUGGCGCCGAUGCUAAUGGUGCUGCCCAUGGCAAUGGUAACACUGCUGCUUCUUCUGCUGCUGCUGCGGCUGCUGCUGCGGCUGCUACUGAUGGUGACAAUGAUAACGAUAACGAUGUUAUGAAUGAUGGUGAUGGAACGGAAACGACAUCUGCUGUACAGUCGGAGAUGAUGCCGUUGGAUUUCCCAAUUCCUGUUCCCCCGAGUAUGGAGAGCAUGAUGGAGGGCGCGAGUGACGAAAUUGUUGUGCAGGAGCUGGAUCGCCUUCUGGCGGACUUCCUGCACGGCCUCGGAGUUACUGGAGAGGCUCUUGUGAGGACGGAGGUGGGGAGGGGUAGGCAGGGCGGUGGUGCUGGCAGCAGUGGAGGGGAGAGUUCUAGAGGCAAUCGAGCAGAGCGGGAGCCAGGUUCAGAGCUGGAUGAUUGA